AAACCUAUUUAAAGGAGAGGAAAAAGGAGACGGAGAAGCGAAGUGGGUCAGCAGCAGGGUCAGGGAAAAAAUGGAAAUACUCUGCGGUCCUGUCUUUCCUCGACUCCUUCGUCUCCCCACGGGAGACAAGCGGGAAUAUGGAGAGAGGGGAAGAGGAGAUUCAGGCCGCAGGGUACGACCACCCCGAGAGCCAGAGCGAGGCAGAAGCAGCAGCAGGGCACUCAGAGACAGGAGAGCCGACUGGUUACGUUGAUAGCAGUGAACCUUGGUCCCCUCUGCCAGAACCUGCUGCUGCUUCUGCUUCCCGUCCUGGCCCUUCAACACCUGCUGCUGUACCCAGAGCACCGAGAAGAGCUGGUCAUAAGAGGCCUAGGGAGCAGCCAUCGGAGGUGGAGCGGCAGCUCCUGGAAGCACUCCAGACGCUUCCUGCGCCGCCUCCACCGCCACCGCCACCGCCACCGCGCUCAGAUGAAGAGCUCUUCCUUAUGGGUCUGGUUCCUACCCUGCAGAUGGUGCCACCUCACAGAAGAGAACAUGUAAAAUUUCAAAUGUACAAAUUAUUAUACGAAAACAUAACAGUAGUACUCAAUUUAGAGCCUACAGAUUAAUUUUGAGGCAGCACUUUCUGCAGGAUAGGAACCAGACUUGCUCUCCUAUCUCCUCUCCUUUAAUCUCUCAGUUCUUCCCAUCUCUCAGUUCUUCCCAAGCAA